CCGUCACCGUGCAUGCUUUUAUGUUAUGCUUUUGUGCCUUCCGCGUGUUUCUAUACAAAAGUGGUUAAAUUUUAACAUAUUAAUAUUAAAUCAAAUUUUUUCAAAUGGCUAAAUUACUGGCCUACUACAGUUUGUGCCCGAUUAAUGAUGUUCAAGAGUUUCUCGGUCUAUCGCGAGAUGUAAACACCGGCUGCGUUAUCAAUACUCUCGGUAGAAACAUCGUUCAAGUUGUGAAGCUAAGUAACCAGAAGCUACAGCAUAGUUGGACUUCAUUAGAACGACUCACCAGCAAAGUUGUAUACGAUUUCCGCUCUGAUCGAUACGUGGGUGUUUUCAAUAAUCGUUACAUUCGUUGCUGGGCUCAAAAUCAGAUUGACAUCAAUAAAGUCAAACGAGUAAAAUUUUUCCGCCAUAUAUUACAAUUACUUAUGGUAGAAAACGGUCAAGUGUUGGUAUUGUACGAUGAUGGCUCGUGCGAAUCAUUACAAAGCGCAAUAGACACGAGAAAUGAAGAUCGAAAGAAUCCGGAUAGUGUAGUAAAGCAAUCCAACAUUGACCCCGCUCGUGAGACGAUUCUGGAAGUUUGCACAGUAAUCCUUGCUUCUGGAGAUGUUAUAUUGGCAUAUUUUGUAAAAGAAACUGCAAGUGGCAUUAUUGAGGUGCAUUUUACACAGUUAACAAAGGAAAAUUUAAAACCUGCAAAGGGUUUUCGAAAAAUCAAACUGGUCCGGCUAGAGAAGAACGUGCAACUUGUUGGGCAGUGCAUUGUGGAUGCCGACGGCGGUCCAUCUUUAAUUACAAUAUGGUCCGAUAGGCGCAUUUUUUCGGAAGCGUUACGGCUUGAGGAUGAUUUCACAGAUUCUCAAUCCCAAAAUAUUGGUAAUUUCAUAUCGAUUCUAAACAUGAUCAACACUACGCAACCGCUUUCGUUGAUCGGAAUCAGUAAGGACUACAUUGCACUCUAUGCCAGCAAUCUAAAUCAGGAAGGCGCGACGUUAUUACUAUACAACGUUCAAUUUAAAGUGGUACAGGCAAAACAAUUCUUCAAGGUAUAUUUCAGCAAUUCUCGCUUCUGGCUAAGUGAGAAUCAUAUUUUGUUAGCGUUCGGGCAAACACUAUCAGUUGUUCCAUUCAGAAUUAGCAAAGAACAGCUGUCAGAUAUGGUUGGUACUCAGAAAAAUCUCGACAUGCAGAAUUAUGUAGACAACGAAAGUAUCAACGAGGACUGCGAUUAUGAGGAUUAUUCGUUUGCUGGAACAUUAGAAACUAUUAUUGAAGAUAUUAAAGAAAAGAAAGACAAGAGUGCCGAUCAACACUUCAAAAUAUUUGAAAGCGUAGACAAGUUUGAACAAUCUCUACAAACAGCCUGCAAAAGUGGUUUACAGCUGGAUAUUGUUAGAGACGAUAGUCUUCCAGUAGACACCGCUCAAAUACGCCUAAUGAGUAACACGGAUAGCUCCAUUGGUCCACUCAUAUUUUCUGAGCAUUUUGAAGCAUUUGCUAACGAAAUGGAGAUGCACGGAUUCUGCGAGUUGGAGAUUAGUGACAAAAUUCUGCCAAUUAUGAUUGAAGCUAACGCUUCGUUGGAUAUCGGAAAGUGUUUGAAAAGAUACAGCAACGUUUCCGAACGAGCAUUGGUUGCUGCCUUAAACUAUGCUUUAGCAUGUAAAGAUCAUUUAGUAUCAAAAACAAGUAUAGCCGACAUAGACACGCUUCUUAGUAAAUAUCCAGAAAUUGUUAUGCCACAAUCAAAAAAUUCAGAGCAACUGCCGAACAUGAACGUUAUCCGCUGCAAUGAUAUACCUGAUCAGUCCUGCCAAGAUCUAUUGAAUAUUGUACUUUCCUGCAGUUUCAAUCGGAAUACUAUAUUACCUCUUCUGCGCCAGCAAAUUGAUUUCAAUAGCAUGCUCCUUCUACUGGAUUAUUUAACAUAUUUGCUUACCGAUCCUAUUGCUCAUCUGACGGAAACCCCAACCGCAGGCACCGACUUUGACAGCGAUGAAAAAGUGGUCCAGUGGUGUACGCUGCUAAUAGAUGCACACUAUCAACAAAUUGUCAUGUCACGCGAUGUCACCGUUAAAGCAAAAAUUGACCAUUUGGUGGACGUCGUAAAACGUCAUAGUGAAAGCUUGAUUGCGUUGAAAUCUGUUGCAGCUACUGUGCGGCAACUAAUAGAAACGAGGGGUACGAAAUCAGAAAAACGCUACAAUCGGUGGUACAAUGUGGAAACAGUGCAGUUAUAUUGAUUCACACCAAUAAAGCGGAUCUGCAUCUAUAAAAUAGUAAA